AUGAGUGUCACGGCGGGCGCCAAGUACGAUGACGCCUGGUCCAGCCAGACUGAAACCAGGUCUCCAACCCAAUCUCAGAACCCGACCAAGAGAAGGCGAACCGACUCGUACGGAGGAUCAACCCAGGAAACUGGUCUCAUGAGGAAUGGCGGCGAAGGUUUGCCUCGGUUCAUCGGCAGUGGGAGCGGCAUUCACUUCAUCCGCACUGUGUACGACGUGCUUGCGCGCAGCACCGGUGCCAAACGCACCAAGAACCGAGCCGAUGUAUCUGGAGAUCUAGUUCCCGGCGAGGAUGACCAAUUAGUGGAGCCGACGCCGGGUGACGAGGCAGUCCCCGGCACCAACGCUCGGGCGUCCUUCUGGCAGACAGCCGAGAUUAUUCAGGACACCGAACCGGGUGCACCGCCUGUCAACUUUGGUAGUCUGGUCGAGUGGACCAAGAGCUAUUUCAAAAAUUGGCACCCGGCAUUUCCUUUGCUUCAUGGGCCCGAAGUGCUCGAAAUCCUCGAGCACGUUAGCACCCAGGGCAUCGCCAACGUGAGCGAGUCUGAUGCCACCAUUGUGCAGUCCAUUGUCUCCAUAUCGCUGGCUGAUAGCCGCCAAUCUGGGGGCAAACAGGGGGCUGUUCCCGCGAGCCUGGUAUUCCUGAGCCUGGAGAACAUCGCAGCGAGCCUGGCCUUUGCUCUUGGCUCCCCCGCAUCCCUGAAGAGCGUACAAGCAGCCGCAUGUGUCAUGUUGUUUUUGGUCUCCAUGCUCCGAUUCAACAUGGCGUCUAGGCUGGGAGGCAUCGUCACACGCAUGUCAUUCCACUUGGGACUACAUAGAUGCCCAUGCCGCUUUUCCAACUUCACACCUCAUGAGGCUUCGAUGCGCAAAAGAGUAUGGUGGUCGAUAUACUGUCUGGAAAGGAUGGUGUGCCAGUCGUUGGGUCUACCAUUAGCCAUCAGGGAUGAUGAUGUCGACGCUUGUUUCCCUGCGCAGGAGCUGCACGGGGACACAGCGGACUCGCUCCCUUCUGAAGACGGACUCGAGGUGGAUCAAUUGCAACUAUUGACAUUGCUUGCGAAACACGCUCGACUUCGAGGCAUGAUACUCGAGCUACGGAACAAAACCCUGAGUGCCAGGCAUGACUCUGUGGGGCGUUCUCUAUUCGUCCAAGCGGAACUGACGCGAUGGGUCAACAACAUCCAUGACGUUACAGACAACCACAGAGACAACGAAGACGCCGCAUUUCAACAGCCUGCAGAGGAGGAUAGCUGUCCAAUUUCCACAUCCCACAAGAUGUUGCUCUUGAUCUUGCAGCACGAAUCCACCAUCAGCCUGAACAGGCCACUUUUAGCAUCCAAAUCGGACACGCCAGCUUCACAAGCUGCACUGCAAGCCUGCAUCAACGCAUCAAGGGCCAUCAUAGACACAAUAGACAGCCUACAAGCUCGGGAAAAGCCAUGUGGAGCCGGCGCCUACCCACACCAAAUUAUGCUGUGGCCGCUACUUACGUGGUCCACUUGGAUGAGUUGUUUCGUUUUGACCUACGCUGCGUUGGGGGGCGUGACGGCUGUAUCUUCCGCCCAGAGGUAA